AUGAGCGCCAAAGUCCUUCGAGCAGCAGCAUGCCACGUCUCUCCAAUCUUCCUCUCCGCUUCUGCAACAACCCAGAAAGCCAUCUCCCUCAUCAAACAAGCAAGCAACAACAAAGCCAACCUAGUCGUCUUUCCCGAAACCUACAUCUCUGCAUUUCCCAUCUGGAGUGCUGUUCGCGCGCCUACAGAAAACCACGAUCUCUUUAAACGCAUGGUGGAGCACUCUGUUUAUGUUGAUGGACCCGAGAUUGAAUCUUUGCGUGCUACGGCUCAGAAACUUGGGAUUAUGGUUAGUGUGGGCAUAUCAGAGAAGGCGAGGUACAGCAGUGCAACACUCUGGAACUCCAAUUUGCUGAUUGGAAGCAAUGGCGAGAUACUAAACCACCACCGCAAACUCCAACCCACCUUUUUCGAAAAGCUGACUUGGAGUCCUGGAGAUGGGCAUGGGCUAAAGGUCACAAACACCCCCUACGGCAAGAUAGGAAACUUGAUUUGUGGUGAAAACACAAAUCCUCUGGCGAGAUAUGCCUUGAUGGCACAAGGAGAGCAAAUCCACAUUUCGACUUGGCCUGCCGUGUGGCCUACCAGAGCUCUUGAUCCAGAUGUGGUGGCUACAAAAGGAAAAAACUACGAUAAUUUGGCUGCUAAUAGGACUAGAGCUGCUGCUCAUUGCUUCGAAGCUAAAUGUUUUGGCAUUAUCAAUGCUGCAUUUUUGGAUCAGCGAGCAAUCGAUAUUGUUGCAAAAGGUGCUAGCAAUGAAGGCAGCGUCCGACAGACAUUACAGCUUUCUCAACGAGCGGCUACUAUGUUUCUUGAUCCUACUGGCAUGUUGAAGCCUGGGUUCACUGUUGACACAUCAACGGGCAAACAGCAGGUGACCGAGUACUUGCAAGACAGAGAAGAUAUCCUAUACACAGAUAUGGAUGUGGAAGAAUGUAUUGAGGGCAAACAAUAUCAUGAUGUUGUUGGUGGAUACCAGAGAUUAGAUAUAUUCGAUCUGCAGGUUGAUCGAAGUCGAAGGGAGCCAGCCAGAUUCGUGGAAGGUUCGCAGGACGAGAAGGUCGAGUUUUGA